UUUACGUAAAGCUACUUCCGUUUUAAAGUGUGACGGCUUCCGUGUUGCCCCACGUUUUCAGGCUUUUCACAGAAGACACGCUUAAUAGCUGCUUAAAGAAAGACAAACUUUAAAUUUUAAAGAUGAGACCGUUAACGGAGGAGGAAACAAAAACUAUGUUUGAGAAACUAUCGAAAUACAUCGGAGAAAACAUAAAACUUCUAGUGGACCGACCUGACGGUACCUACUGUUUCAGGCUACACCAUGACCGUGUUUAUUACUUGAGUGAGAAAAUUCUUAAGUUGGCCACAAACUUUUCUCGGGACAAGCUCAUCUCAGUGGGUACAUGCUUUGGGAAAUUUACAAAGACCAAGAAGUUCCGCCUGCACAUCACAGCUCUGGAUUUCCUGGCGCCCUAUGCAAAGUUCAAGGUGUGGGUAAAACCUGGAGCAGAGCAGUCUUUCCUGUAUGGGAACCAUGUGCUAAAAUCUGGCCUUGGCAGAAUCACAGAGAACACUAUGCAGUAUCAGGGAGUUGUGGUUUACUCCAUGGCUGAUGUGCCUUUGGGUUUCGGAGUUGCAGCCAAGUCAACCCAGGAGUGUCGACGAGUGGAUCCCAUGUCCAUUGUUGUGUUUCACCAGGCUGAUGUGGGAGAGUUCAUCAGGAAUGAGGACACAUUAACAUAAAAGCUACAGCCCCUGAACUGUGGAAUUCACAUCCAGAAAAACUGGUGAUUGCAGCUUCUUUAUGUCACCACCUGACAUUUUAAGAGAACCCCGAUCACAGCUUGUACAGCUGGACUGUUCUCGGGUCCUAGGAUUGACAAGGUUCUUUAAUUUUGUUCUCCAAUGGAAACAUCACCCUUUAUCAAAUAUUGACAAAAUAAAGGUGUUUUAUGAUU